AUGGCAUUCAAGGCUUUCAUCUCCCGUGUCACAUCAUCCUUCAAAUUCUGCCGCUCCGAAAAUCCGUCCAACAUCCCAGAAAAUCCUAUCCAACUCUCCCCAAACCCUCUCUUCAUUGACUGCCAGCUGGCCACCCCGCUCCCUUUCAAACCCCACCACUCCACCUUCAAGCACCACGUCUCCUCCAUCUUCGGCUGUGGGUUCCGCACACACGAAGACGACCUCCCCGAAUCACCGCCAUGCAAGUGGGAUGAGACGCCACGUCGCGACUACAACUCCUCAAUCUCCAACGAUUCCAAUGACGAACUCUUCCCUCCUCUUCCUCCUCAUCCGCCGACACGACACCCUAUCACCACUUCCAUCUCCGGUAAUUCCGACAACGAGCUCUUCCUUCCUCAUUCUCCUCCUCCGACGCUGACACGACACCCUAUCACCACUUCCUCGGCCGACAGUGGUUUGUGUGGCUAUGAGAGAGACGAUGAAGAAGAAGAGAUCGUGACACUUUCACUAAAUCGCAAAAAGAGAAUGAAGAAGCUGCUACCAUCAUUUCCGACGGAGGGGAAAGUGAAGGACAGCUUCGCGAUGGUGAUGGAAUCGAUGGACCCAUAUGAGGAUUUCAAGGCAUCGAUGAUGGAGAUGAUAUUAGCGAAGCAACUGUUUGAGGCAAAAGACUUCGAGCAGCUGUUGGAGUGUUUCUUCUCGCUCAAUUUGCGUCAUCAUCACGGGGUCAUUGUUGAGGCUUUUUCAGACAUUUGGAAGACAAUUUUUUUGUAG